GUCCGAUGCGACUCACGCCAGCGCAUGCCAUCUGUAUUUUUGUUUUAAAAACGCCCACUGUAUUUGUGACAUAUUAUAUGAUUUAUUUAAAAACGUAACGAAGUACUAAACCAAUAGAGACGAGUGUCACAUGGAAACCACAGCGUCAUCUCUGUCUUUGUUUUGUUCGUGACAUUGUCCGAAAUCUCGUCUCUGGGAGCUUUAUAAGAUGGUUAAAUUACACGACAGCUACAAAAGGUUUUUGCAAAUAUAUACAUUGUCCUCAAACAUUAUAGGCACACCACGUGUGGCUAGCAGAUUUGUUUCUGCACCUCAAAAUAGACAUGAAAUCCGCUUCAAGACUUCAGGAGUUGGUGAACGAGCUCUGCAGGAGAGACAGAGGCAGCACAUGGCACGAGGUUUGCCAAAACAGAAGCCCAUAGCUGGAGUCAAAGAGGUCCUUGUUGUUGCAUCGGGGAAAGGAGGGGUGGGAAAGUCCACAACAGCAGUGAAUCUUGCCCUUGGACUUAUGGCUAACGAUCAGAGUAAAUCGGUGGGUCUUCUAGAUGCUGACGUAUAUGGCCCCUCCAUUCCAAAGUUAAUGAACCUAAAAGGAAACCCCGAAUUAACAGACAAGAACUUAAUGAGGCCACUUGUGAAUUUUGGAAUUCCUUGUAUGUCAAUGGGCUUUCUGGUUGAAGAGGUUGCACCUAUUGUGUGGAGGGGUCUGAUGGUGAUGUCAGCUAUUGAGAAACUCAUAAGACAGGUAGAUUGGGGGAAUCUAGAUUACCUUGUGAUUGAUAUGCCUCCUGGAACUGGAGAUGUCCAAUUGUCUAUUACCCAGAAUAUUCCUAUAGCAGGUGCUGUAAUCGUGUCUACGCCUCAAGACAUCGCCUUGCUAGAUGCACGAAGAGGUGCCGAGAUGUUCAGAAAGGUUAACGUUCCGGUUCUGGGUCUGGUUCAGAACAUGAGUGUUUUCCAGUGUCCCAAGUGCAAUCAUCAAACACACAUUUUUGGCUCAGAUGGGGCUAAAGAGCUGGCUCAGACCCUUGGUGUUGAGAUGCUUGGAGACAUUCCUCUUCAUCUCAACAUAAGAGAAACAUCGGACAAGGGGCAGCCCGUGGUUGUGUCAUCCCCUGAUAGUCCAGAAGCCGAGGCUUACAGAAGAGUUGCAGCAGCAGUAGUACGCCGACUAGCAGAGCAUCUGAGAUAAAUGAUGUCCACAUUUAAUGUAGUUUUACUGACCUGA